AUGACAAGCUUAAGUAGGAAAGAAUACUACGCAAACAGGGAUUCUUCAAAAAUAUAUCUGUUCGAUUGUUUUCCUCGAUGGAGGGCGUUUAAGGAACAGCACAAUCUGAGAACCGAUAAGGAUGUCGCGAACAUGCUACUUGAUGGAUAUGUGACCAGGAGUCUGGAAGUUUGGUACGUUGUAAACAUAUGAACAGUCAAACCUUUGUCUUUUUUGAAUGUGUUUUAUCUGUAUAUACUGCAAUACUAAAUAUCUUCACAUAAUUUUAGCAAUGCAGAGACACAAACCGAUAUAAAUAUGAGGACAAGUGAGUUGCUAUUGUCAAGCGAUAUGCCGGUGACUCCUCCAAUGGGAAGCAGAAAUUUCCCUUCUCCUGGUAAGAAAUUAUUGAUACCGUAAUAUAAAAAAAUGAGGGUCAAUUGAAAUUCAUAGUAACAUUUAGAUGUUAUGUUUUGUCUAGUCGAUACUUCAACGCCAAGCGCUCCCUCAAUACGACGACGUCUUUUGUCUGUGGAUAAUACUUUGUCUUUGCGCUAAUUUGAUAUUCAAUUCGGCUUGAUACAUUGAUUUUAUUUACAGGUUUUGGAGUAAAAAAAAAACUGCAUGGUAUUAUAGUACGAUAUGAUAUUUUGAUAUAAUAUAUUAUUUAAUAUUUAUCAGAUCUGACAGAAAUCCUAUUGGCGAAGAAACUUUGAGUGCUAGUAGUGGAGAAAGAAGUGAUGAUGAGUUUGGUGAUGAUUUUGUUGAUUUCCAUGGAGCGACUAUUUAG